CAACAGCCUUGGAAGUGCAGAGGUAAAAGUUCCUCUGUUCUGGAUAACCGGCCAUCGGAUAUUGAAAUAUGAGUGAAAGUCUGGAUUUUUGCGAACCUUUUCAAGACAGCAAGGCUGCAUAUGUACUCAGCAAUGUCGCCGAAGUGGUUGAGAGAGUUCUCAUGUUCAUACCAACCAAAUCGCUUCUGCAGGUCGCCAGUGUGUGCAGAUUGUGGAGGAACUGUGCCCGCAGAGUGCUUCGGACUCAGCAGCAUCUGACCUGGGUGUCCGCCUCUGGACCCUCCACCACAGAGCUUCACUCCUUCUGCAGCAUCCUGGCUGAAGAAGUGGAGAAAGUAUUCCUCCUGCCUAAAACAGUCCUGAUGAUGGUCGACUGUGAGGCCUUGACUGGACAAGCUUAUUGCUAUGAACAGAGCAAAGCCAAAAAGAGUCGCCAAUGCAUGAGUACGGCUGAAGAAUUGAACCAGAUCUUCCCCAAAGGUUGUGACAUCGUUGGCAUCGCUACACCAGGGAUAGUCUUAACUCCGACUGGUUCAUGGACCGGUGCUCCUAAGGAGUACCAGGAAGGGGAGGCAGGCUUUGCCGUCAUGCUCCCCAACACUGAUGGUGUUCACAUCAAGCCAUUUCACUUUUGUAAGAAAACAAUUUCUCUGUCAGCCAUGAAAGAAGCAGGACUAGUUGACAACCCAGAGCUACGCGUCGUGGUGAUGUUCAUCUAUGAAGCAUAUAAAUCUGGAGGAGCACGGUUCCUCAGCCAGAUCCUGGAGCCGCUGACAAACAGCAAGGCUUUAAUUGCAGGAGGGCUGGUGGAAGGCGUCUUCUCUCCUCACAGAGAUUGCUGCAGCAAGGGAUCAUACGGUGUGAUUGGCCUGGCUCUGAGUGGCCAUAAAGUUCAGGGGGCGUCUGUGCUCCUUGACCAAGACGUUGGCACCGCAAAGGAAGCGGAGGCCACGGUACGGCGGCUAAAGGCAGCCAGGAUUCCUGAGAGAAACACCCUGGGCUUCAUGUUUGCCUGCGUGGGGAGGGGCCAGAACUACUAUCACAACCAGCACAACGUGGAGGCCGACGCUUUUCACAAGGUCUUCCCCAAUACGCCGCUGUUUGGUCUGUUUGGCAACGGCGAGAUCGGCUGUGACCGGAUCGUAAAAGACGACUACACCCUCUGCAACUCCGACUCCGACACCUUGCAGCACGAAUACACCACGGUCAUGACUCUGGUCCACUUUGGCUGACUGACCAGUGGGAAGAAGGAGUAAGUCAUGUCAAGAUAGUCAAGUAGUCGACGUGUCAUGCUUCUGUUGUCAACGACGACUUGGAGCAGCUGACGUUAUGUACAAAGUGUCACCCAGGAUAUUGCUCUCUUCAUUUAUGCUUACAAAGCAGGACAAUAAUCCCCUCAGCCAUGAAGGUGUAAUGGCAAAAUGUUUGGAGGUUUUAAGUCUUGGAAACUUUGAGAAGAAAGGAUUUGCCCAGAGUGUACAUACUGAGAACAAAUUCUGCUUGUGUUAGUAGUAUGUUUAUGUCUUUCACCCCAAUUUCCUCGCACACUGAAGACAUAUUCUUCUCCGUGGCUGCACUUUUUUGUUCAUGGAGGUAAAGAAAUUUGGUUUGUUUUUCCUCCACAAAAUCAGGGUAAGCUUUAGCAAGUUUGACACAGUUUUGUGUCACCAGUGUUAACCUACAGAUUUUUUUUUAAUAUAUAUAUAUAUAUACAUCUGUUUAAUUCAUCCAGCUGUUAGCUUGGCACGCUGGUUGUAUUAUCUCAGCUUCUGAAGUCUUAGGCUUUUUCAAGUUUUCUGCUUGAGUCAAGUUGUUGGGGAAAACAUGUACAAACUGGGGGUUUGGGAGGUAGCAGUAUUUGGGUUUUUGGAUCAUUACAUGCUAGAUCAUUUGAAAUGAUAAUUUGCCCUGCAUUCCAAAUGUUUAGUUUGGCUGUUUCUUUUUCAUUUUCAGAUACAAGUUGUAGAAAGUGCUCAGCUUUAAAGAUGUCUCUUCAGUGCCUAGAUUCACACUCCUCGAACCUUUUUACAUUUUGAUAAGUGACGAUGUAUUUAAUUAGGACUUUAUGCUUAUAGACCAACAAAAGGUUAUAAUUGCGAAUUUGAGGGAAAAUAAAGGGUUUUUCAUUUUCAGUUCACAAUUAUUUACUACUUGGUGUUGGUCUAUCACAUAAAUGUUAAAUAAAUACAUUGAAGUUUGUGUUUGACAGAAUGUGAAAAAGUUACGAGAAAUAAGACAGCAUGUCUAAUAGCAUUCAGGCCUCUAAAAUUGUACUAAAUGCUAAUCUUGAUGUCGAUUUUUUUUUUUUUUUUUUUUUUUCUUUUUUUUUUUA